AUGGACUUCUUUGAUGUGGAUUCAGUGUUGAACUUAGAUAAUAUUCGGCGGGAGCUAGUGCGUAUGGAGGACUCCAUUAUCUUCAAAUUCAUAGAAAGAACGUACUUCCCUACCUGCCCUGUUGUUUAUCAACCUGAUGAGCGCAUACCAAUCCCAAAUUUUGAUGGGUCGCUAAUUGACUGGGCGCACUUGCAAAUGGAGAAGGCCCAGUCCCAAAUCCGGCGCUUCGAGUCCCCUGGAGAAACUCCCUUUUUUCCGAAUGAUAUCUUGAAGCCUGUGUUACCUUCAUUGAACUAUCCGGCGGUUUUGACGCCAAAGGGGAAAGAGGUGAACUACAAUGGGAAAAUCAAGCAGACCUACAUUAAAGAAAUUAUUCCGCUAAUUUCCCGGAAGGAUGGCAAUAGUUGGGAGAAUCUAGGGUCUGUGACGGCGUGCGACAUUGAUAUAUUGCAGGCUUUGAGCCGUAGGAUUCAUUUUGGAAAGUUUGUCGCCGAGGCUAAGUUCCGGAAGGAUGAGGAGAUGUACACCAAAAUGAUCCGGUCACGUGACAUAGAUGGUAUUAUGAAAAGCAUUACGAACUCCAAGGUUGAAGAGGAGAUUCUCGAGCGGCUCAAGUUGAAGGCGAAUGUUUACGGUGUUGAUCCUGCCGACAAAGAUGGAGAACGUCGUAUUACCCCAGAAUACCUUGUUAAAAUCUACAAGGAGUAUGUGAUUCCACUUACAAAAGAGGUUGAGGUAGAUUACCUUCUAUCGAGAUUAGAUUAA